CUGACGUGGUGAAGCAGGAUGAACGGAUUCGAAGCUCCAGCUCUCGCCUCCGGAAUCUUCGGCUCGUACGACUCCAACAUGAAUGGUCUCGACUCCCGGUCUCCGGAGCCUCUCAGAAGCAAAGCCAAGUCCGGUGCCAAAGCUCUGUACGAACAAAGUAAACGUUUCACCAGGACCAGCAUCAACAGCCUGACGGACACGUCCCAGUACCACGUGGAGCACCUGACCACGUUCGUGUUGGACCGUAAAGACGGGUUGGUCACCGUGGAGGACGGGGUCCGGCGUCUCCGCCUGCUGGACGCUAAAGGGAAGGUGUGGACUCAGGAGAUGCUGCUGCAGGUGGAGGAGAGGAGUGUCAGCCUCAUCGACCAGGACACCAAGAACGAGCUGGAGAACUUUCCCAUCGGGACGAUCCAGCACUGCCAGGCUGUGAUGAACCACUGCAGCUUCGACUCCAUCUUGGCUCUGGUGUGCAAAGAGUCGGGUCAAACCAAAGCAGACCUGCACCUGUUCCAGUGCGACGACAUCAAGGCGAACUUGAUCCACGCAGACGUAGAAAGUGCGGUGACCGAUGCCAAAGGAGGGAAAGUGAAGAAGAGACCGGAGACCCUGAAGAUGAUCCUGAAGAGUGGCGGGGUCAUUCCACCUCCCCCGCCUGCUCCCGCCCCCCAACCCCCGGCAUCGUCCAAUCAGCUGGACGUGAAGAGCAGAGCGGCCGCCUGGUCGGCCUGGACCAAUGAGCAGCAAGACUACGAGCAGCAGCGCCAGAUGUCGGAGGAGGAGGAGGGGGGGCCGGCGGAGAUGACGGCGUCCCGAGUGGACGGACACGUGCAAAUCCUCAACCACAUCCUGGACGACAUCGAAUUCUUCGUCACCAAACUUCAGAAAGCGGCCGAAGCGUUUAACGAUCUGUCCAAGAGGAAGAAGAUCAAGAAGAGUAAGAAGAAAGGUCCGGGAGAGGGCGUCCUGACUCUGCGCUCCAAACCCCCCGGAGAGGACGAGUUCGUGGACUGCUUCCAGAAGUUUAAACACGCCUUCAACCAGCUGGGGAAGCUGAAGGAUCACAUCCAGAACCCGAGCUCCACAGACCUGGUUCACUUCCUGUUCACUCCACUCAGAAUGGUGAUCCAGGCGUCCGGCAGCCUGGACCUGGCUCGCAGCGUCGUGGUUCCUCUGCUCACCAGAGACGCCAUCGACUUCCUUCACGCCUCCGGGACGGCGGAGGAGAGACACCUGUGGGUGUCCCUGGGGGACGGCUGGACCAAGUGCAGGUUGGAGUGGCCGAGGGAUCACUACUUCCCGCCCUGCGUGCUGACGUUUCGUGACGGCUGGGAGCCGGCAGCGCCCCCGGUGGUGACUCGGAGUCGAGAGGCGGAGCUGACUCAGCUGGCAGAGAGCCAGAGACAGGAGGAGCUGACGAGGAGGCUGGCUCAGGAGCAGACGGCGCUGCAGUCGUUCCCCCCCACGGAUGGGUAUGCCUUUUCCAACACACCCUACAAGCACACGCAGAUCCUGGAUCAGGACGUGGCCGUGGCUGCGUUCAAACACGCCGUCAGCCGCCAUGUUGACCGAACUUUUGAUGCAGAAACCAGAAAUCAACCAAAUAUUUUUGCCAAAUCUAAAUUUGACUUUGUGGCGAGAAACAACACGGAGCUCUCGGUCCUGAAAGACGAGGUCGUCGAGGUUCUGGACGACAGGAAGCAGUGGUGGAGGGUUCGGAGCGGUGGGGGGGCGUCCGGCUACGUGCCAAACAACAUCCUGGAGGUCACCACAGCCGUGGACGUGUCGGGCCGGGCCGAUCCCGUCUACAGCCACACCAUCCAGCUCAUGAUGCCAAAGAAGGAGUUUGAGUUGUUUAAGCAAUUAUUGGGCGAGUUGAACGAGAAACAGACCACGAGGACGGACCUGGUCCCCGGUAAAACUGCUGCCACUCCGAUGCCCCCGGCCCCCACGCCGCCCCCCCCGGCCCCCGCCAGGCUCCCCACACCGCCCCUGCCCCCCCCGGCCCCCGAGCCCGCCAAGCCAUCAGCUGGCAGCAGCGCUGUCAGCCGCCAGAGCAGCUCCGCCUCCAGCGACCACGUGACCAUGAGGGACCACGACAACCAGAGACCCGCCCCCUUCAACCGCAGGAAGUCCAACAUGGAGGACGUCCAGGACGAGCUGAUGCACAGACUGACGCUGGGUCGCAGCGCUCAGAAGAAGUUUCCACUUCCUGCUCGCGGCGGCGGCGGGGGGGGCCACCCGUCCGUCAGCAUCACGUACGACUCGUCACCUGACGACGUCAAAGUCUGGUUGGACGCCAAAGGCUUCAGCCCCGUCACCAUCACCAGCCUCGGCGUCCUCACCGGAGCUCAGCUGUUCUCUCUCAACAAAGACGAGCUGAAGACGGUUUGUCCCGACGACGGCGCCCGAGUCUUCAGUCAGGUGACCGUGCAGAAGGCCGCGCUGGAGGUCUUCUUCUGAGCUCCUCUGACCUGGUUCUGUUUCCACACUCAUCAAGAGGAGUUCGGGCUCGGAGCUUCAGGAGGUCAUGAGGAGGCGUCAGGAGAAACUUGCAGCGACCACAUGUGACUCGGGGGUGGAGUCUUUUGAUGAAGGAAGCUCCCACUGAGCUCCUCAUGGCCUCCUCCCUCCUCUCUCCUCUCUCCUCUCACCUCCCUCUCUCCUCUCUCCUCCCUCCUCCCGCUCUCCUCUCUCCUCUCUCCUCCCUCCUCCCUCCAUCUCUCCUCCCUCCUCUCUCCUCCCUCCUCUUCCCUCUCUCCUCUCUCCUCUCUCCUAUCUCCUCCCUCCCUCCCUCUCUCCGGCCUGCUGUUCUCUCCCUCCUCCCUCCUCCCUCCAUCUCUCCUCCCUCCUCUCUCCUCUCUCCUCUCUCCUCUCUCCUCUCUCCUCUCACCUCCCUCUCUCCUCUCUCCUCCCUCCUCCCGCUCUCCUCUCUCCUCUCUCCUCCCUCCCUCUCUCCGGCCUGCUGUUCUCUCUCUCCUCCCUCCUCCCUCCAUCUCUCCUCCCUCCUCUCUCCUCCCUCCUCUUCCCUCUCUCCUCUCUCCUCUCUCCUCCCUCCCUCCCUCUCUCUCCUCCCUCCCUCCCUCUCUCCGGCCUGCUGUUCUGUCUCUCCUCCCUCCUCCCUCUCUCCUCCCUCCCUCCCUCUCUCCGGCCUGCUGUUCUCUCUCUCCUCCCUCCUCCCUCUCUCCUCCCUCCCUCCCUCUCUCCGGCCUGCUGUUCUCUCUCUCCUCCCUCCUCCCUCUCUCCUCCCUCCCUCCCUCUCUCCGGCCUGCUGUUCUCUCUCUCCUUCCUCAGGCGGCGGUGGACCACGCUGAGUUAGUAGAGAUAAUGAGACGCAGACAGGAAGUGCUCGGCUCGUCUCCGUAGGAUUAAAAAGUAAAAGCAUCUCCUAACGACCUCCUGGUGUUGGGUCAUGUGACGUCUCCGGAUGUCUCAGCUGCUCGUCGGCUCCAGUUUGUUUCAGACGCUUCAAACUGAUGAAAAUUCAAAUGAAGAUGUUUUGAUUUGAACCUUUGCUCUGAACCAAAAUGUCUCAAUCCUUCGAUGUAAAUACAAAUCUUAGUUUUGUUAAUCUACUGUCAUGAUUCUUGAGAAGUUGAUAACUGUCAUCAGCCGACGUAUCGAAGACGAAUCCCAUUAAGAAAGAGAUCAAAUGUAAAAAUGUCAGCUUCCUGUUGAGCUUCGAUCUAAACACUGAAUUAAUCCUCAUGUUGACGAAACAUUUGAUUCUUUUCAAGUUUUAAAGAAACAAGAUGUUUCACUGAAUGUAAAGAAAAGACAAACUGGAGCUGAUGAAACUGAUGUUGUAAAAAACAUAACUGUAAAUUUCAGAUUUGUUUUGGGUCGAGAGAAUAUCUCAUAGUUUGUCUUCUUUUAUUGUUUCAAUAACUUAAUAUAAUUAAUAAUAGAAUCGACUGAAGAUUUAUUUACAAAGCUUCAUGAUCAUUUCCCACUGAGCGUCAUGUGAUCAGUUUGAUGAGUCGACGUUAGAUUCAGCUGCUGCUUCGUUUAUCGUCUGUUUGGGAAACCAGCUUCUCUGGGAGGGGUCAAAGGUCAAAACCCUGACAUUCCCUCAGGCUCCGCCCACAGCGACAGGUUCAUUAACAGAAAUCAAAAGUGUUAAAAGCAGAUACAUGACUGAGUAUCAAUCAUUAUAACCCCGCCCCCUCCUCAGUGGUCAUCUCCUGAUUGGUUCGUGCCGGUCACGAACUUCCUCCAACUCCAGAAUCGAUCUGUGGAUAUUUUUCCGGUUCAACGAUCAGAAGCUGAAAACACGUCAAAUAAAGAUGGACGACACCGAGCCAAUAUCUCUGAGACGAACGCUGCCCUCUUGUGGUGAUCACUUGUUAAACAUCAGUGUGAUAAAAACUUUAACAACAUUUAUUUACGUCUAAUUUGAUUUCUGAGUUCACUUCAUGUCCCAUCUGCUAACAUGGAGGAGGUGUAUGAUCUAUACUGCAGCCAGACACCAGGGGGCAGCAACACAGUUUGGCUUCAGCUACGUAAGUCAUCCAUCUUUAUUUAGUCUUUAGUUUUUAAGGAGCAGCCUCAAACGCCACAGGAUCCAGUGUGGAAGGAAUGUUAGCUAUGAAACAUGUAACUCAUAUGUAGCACGUAUGUAACUCGUAUGUAACUGGUCUCACUGGGCCGUUGGUGGUAUUGAUUAGUUUUCACCUGUGGCUCAUCACUGAUGAACGACGAGUAGAAGAAUCAUGUGAAUGAGACGUGAAAUCAAUACGUUUAGUUUUCACGCUGCCUUUUCCAUCAGAUCUGCAAUAAAACAUUUAUAAAAUCA